CCGCCGCCGCCUGCGAUGCCGUCAGGGGGUGUGGGCGUGAACCCGAACGGGCCGCCGCCCGAGUAUCGGCCGUGGAGCGACUAUGAUUUCCAGUCUCUGAAUCUGGGGCUGAAUCAGGAGUGGAUCGAGCUCGAUUUGUUCCACUACGGCCUGGCCAAGUUCUCGAAGCAGGAGUUCUACGACGCUGGGCUCAACGACGACUAUCAGUUCCUGAUCGAGUGGAUGGCGGACCAGGAGGUCGGGCACGCGACGAUGUUCACGAACAUGCUUUACCCCCACGGCGCGAAGCAAUGCGAGUACCAGUACCCGUUCGAGACGGUCCGCGAGUUCAUCGACUUCUGCCAAAAGCUGACGCGCUUCGGCGAGUCGGGCACGUACGGCUUCCUGCCGCACCUCAACAACCGCGCGCCGGUCGAGCUGAUCAUCAACGCGAUCACGACCGAGGCGCGGCAGCAGAUGGUCUUCCGCCAGUUCGAGGGCCUCUUCCCGAUGGCGCUCUGGUUCGUUCCUGGAAUUCCACAAGCCUGGCAGUGGACGCUUCUCGCUCCAUACAUCAAGUCUUGUCCGAAGGAGAACCCCCACAUCGAGUGGCAGAACUUCCCGGCGUUGACCAUCAAUAACAACCCAAACGCGACGAGGCACGAUAGCAAAGCUGCUGUAUCGACCAACGUGACGCAACUAUCGCACCCCGGCGAUGAGAUCAGCCUCACGUGGGAGCUUCCAGGCAAGACGGUCGGUCCUAAUGGAAGCUACGUCACGACGACGUCCGCUGGUCCUCCGAAGUUCGCGCUUUGGGUUGAUCAGAUCAACGCAACGUACACGCCCUUGUACAGCAUCAACGGCACCAGCGCGUUCACGAAGCAGCCCGACGGCAACGUGUUCGGAGACAACACAGCGUACAUCUGGAACGAUACUAUGUUCAUCGCGAUCACGGACAGCGACCCCUAUGUCACGCCGUUCAACCUUUCGAACAUCAACUACAACGUCGUUGCUGGUCCUGCCAUCUACCAGUCUGGCUGAAAAUCUCUUGGUGGAACUUCCCAGGGGUUAUCUCGUACUUCCACUAUAGACUAAUAUUGCAUCUUAAUCUCGCCCUCAUUUAUGUAUCACGAUACCCC